GGCAUUCGGCGCAGCUCCUCCGCUGAUUGCUCCGAGAAGGAGAAAAUGGGAAAAAAGGAAAAAUGAUUGACCAAAACGACGUCGUAUACCUGACUUUGAAUCACCCUCUUAACACUCCUUUCUCCCUGCUUUUGUAUAUAUACACAUUAGCGUUCACUCUGUUUCUCCCACUCUGUUCCUGCUUCCUCUGUUUUGCGUGUGCGAGUAGAGUGAGAAUGAGGGUUAAGGGGCUGUUUGGAUGGGUGAUAUUUGUGGUGGGGUUGUGGGAGGGGGUGAGGGGGGGAGUGCCGAGGAAGGCAGUGGAUGUGCCAUUUCACAAGCACUACAUGCCCACUUGGGGUGCUGACCAUAUCAAGUAUAUCAAUGGCGGUUCCUCUGUUGAGCUUCUCCUUGACAAGUUCUCUGGAACUGGGUUUCAGUCAAAGGGAAGUUACCUGUUUGGGCAUUUCAGCAUGAGAUUGAAGAUGGUUGGAGGUGAUUCGGCUGGAGUUGUCACUGCAUUCUAUCUGUCAUCUCAGAGCACGGAGCACGAUGAAAUAGAUUAUGAAUUCUUGGGGAACAGAACGGGGCAGCCCUACAUUCUGCAGACCAAUGUGUUCACAGGAGGGAAAGGGGACAGGGAGCAGAGGAUUUACCUCUGGUUUGAUCCUACCACUCAUUUUCACACUUACUCUGUUCUCUGGAACAUGCAUCAGAUUGUAUUCUUUGUGGACGACGUCCCAAUUAGGAUUUUCAAGAACCUGAAGGGCCUGGGCGUGAAGUUCCCAUUCAACCAGCCCAUGAAGAUCUACUCCAGCCUGUGGAACGCCGAUGACUGGGCAACCCGAGGUGGCUUGGAGAAAACCGAUUGGUCGAAAGCACCCUUCGUGGCAUCCUACACAUCGUUCCACGUGGACGGCUGCGAUGCCUCGUCACCCCAAUCGGUCCAGGUGUGCAACACACGUGGCAGGAAGUGGUGGGACCAGAAAGCCUUCCACGAUUUGGACGGUCCACAGUAUGCAAAAUUACGGAUGGUUCGGAACAAGUACACCAUUUAUAAUUACUGCACUGACAGAACCAGGUCCAAGAGUGUCCCUCCCGAGUGCGCCCGAGAUAGGGAUAUCUAAAGAUGGCCACAUGGCAGGAUAUUAUUGGGUGAAAUAUUGUGAGUCCCACACUAUUUCAUCUAGGAAUGAUCUGCCACAUGGGUCUGGGUCAUCGCCCUAAAGCUUGAAAUGAAACCUAUUCAUUUUCCCAAGAAUCGAACAGAAAAGUGAUUGAAAAUUUUCGUGCAGUCGGAGUUAUUUACUUUUAUAUGUAUAUGUAGUAUUUUCAAUUUAAUAAAUGGGUUAAUUAGUCUCUUUCUUAA